CGGGGCCUGGGUGCGGGGCGGGCGGCGGCGAGCAGCCGGAGGAGAAAGAACAUGGCGGGCGCAGCGGGGCCCCGGGCUGCCCCGGGGGCAGCGGGCGGAGAUGGAGACGAUUCGCUGUAUCCGAUUGCGGUUUUAAUCGACGAGCUUCGCAAUGAGGACGUGCAGCUCCGUCUCAAUAGUAUUAAGAAGUUAUCAACUAUUGCUCUAGCACUUGGGGUAGAAAGGACUCGGACUGAACUGCUGCCCUUCCUUACAGAUACUAUUUAUGAUGAAGAUGAGGUGCUGUUGGCUCUUGCUGAGCAGCUAGGAAACUUCACUGGUCUGGUGGGAGGUCCUGACUUUGCCCACUGUCUGCUGCCUCCCUUGGAAAGCCUGGCGACUGUGGAAGAGACUGUUGUUCGAGAUAAGGCGGUGGAGUCCCUGAGGCAGAUCUCCCAGGAGCAUACUCCUGUCGCUCUAGAAGCUCACUUUGUACCUCUGGUGAAACGCCUGGCGAGUGGGGAUUGGUUCACCUCUCGCACAUCUGCAUGUGGUCUGUUCAGCGUUUGUUAUCCCAGGGCUUCAAAUGCUGUCAAAGCAGAAAUUAGACAGCACUUCCGUUCCCUGUGCUCAGAUGAUACACCAAUGGUACGACGGGCUGCUGCUUCCAAAUUGGGUGAAUUUGCAAAAGUGUUGGAACUAGACAGUGUGAAAACUGAAAUUGUUCCAUUGUUCACUAAUCUAGCUUCAGAUGAACAGGAUUCUGUGCGCCUGCUAGCUGUGGAGGCUUGUGUCAGUAUCGCUCAAUUAUUGUCUCAGGAUGACCUUGAGGCCUUGGUAAUACCUAUACUUCGGCAAGCAGCAGAAGAUAAAUCUUGGCGAGUUCGAUAUAUGGUAGCUGACAAAUUUUCAGAGCUCCAGAAAGCUGUGGGUCCUAAAAUCACUCUGAAUGAUCUCAUCCCCGCCUUUCAGAGCCUUCUUAAAGAUUGUGAAGCUGAAGUCCGAGCAGCUGCUGCCCACAAAGUCAAAGAACUUUGUGAAAACUUGCCCACUGAAGGUAGAGAAGCCAUAAUUGUGAAUCAAAUUCUGCCCUAUAUAAAGGAAUUAGUAUCUGAUACCAAUCAACAUGUCAAAUCAGCUCUAGCUUCUGUAAUUAUGGGAUUAUCUACGAUUUUGGGCAAAGAGAAUACCAUCGAACAUCUUCUGCCUCUCUUUUUAGCUCAGUUAAAGGAUGAGUGUCCUGAAGUCCGUUUGAAUAUCAUCUCUAAUUUGGAUUGUGUAAAUGAAGUGAUUGGAAUCCGUCAGCUCUCACAGUCUCUCCUUCCUGCCAUAGUGGAACUGGCUGAAGAUGCCAAGUGGAGAGUCCGCCUGGCCAUCAUUGAGUAUAUGCCACUGCUGGCGGGCCAGCUGGGUGUGGAGUUUUUUGAUGAAAAGCUCAAUUCUCUAUGUAUGGCCUGGCUUGUGGAUCAUGUGUAUGCCAUCCGGGAAGCUGCCACUAACAACCUCAUGAAAUUAGUCCAGAAGUUUGGUACAGAGUGGGCCCAAAAUACCAUUGUCCCUAAAGUGUUAGUAAUGGCAAAUGAUCCUAAUUACUUACACAGAAUGACCACUUUAUUUUGCAUUAAUGCACUCUCUGAAGCCUGUGGUCAGGAAAUAACCACUAAGCAAAUGCUGCCCAUCGUGUUGAAAAUGGCAGGAGACCAAGUAGCAAAUGUUCGUUUCAAUGUAGCCAAAUCACUACAAAAAAUUGGACCAAUUCUAGAUACUGAUGCCUUGCAGGGGAAAGUGAAGCCGGUGCUACAGAAGUUAGGUCAGGAUGAAGACAUGGACGUCAAAUAUUUUGCACAGGAAGCUAUAAGUGUUCUUGCCUUGGCAUAAAGAGGAACAGGAGGGAAAAGCCUUUAUUAAAUUCUUAACACAGAUUUCUAGUCAAUGUUUCUUAAACUGGGUGGAGAAAAAUGGAAACCUUCAAGAUCUCAUCCAAGCAAAUGGCAACAACUUAGAAGAAAUCAAAUUUCAGUGACUUGGUUCUUUCUGAACAUGAAAUGAGACUGAUUUAUAGUUUAUCUCUGUUGGGGGAGCUUUAAAGCCAUUCUUAAUGACAGUUCCUCCUCCUACCUCUGCAGUCGUCUCUUGAGUGUCUCCCAGUGCUUUGUCCAGCACCAUCUAGGCAUCUGUCCUCCUCCCUUUGGAAUCAGACCCAGCUACUAAUAUUCUCGCAAAGCCUGGAUGGAUUUGGACCCCGACAUGGAGUGGAGUGAUUCUCUGAUUGUUUACACUUAUCUGUGCCUCUCCCAUCAUUCCAAAGUUAAAUGUAAAUGCUUUAGAAUAACUUAUUUUAUAAUUUUGUAUUUGGGAGAUGAUACUGAGAUUUGACUGUAGUGAAAGCCACAUCUUCCUGGAUUAUGAUGGUCUGUAUCUGUGUCUCACAUGAAAGAAGAAUGGUGAAGCUCAGGGUUAAUGCAGUGGUUUUGGUUUUUAUUUGCUCAGUUUUAACUGUAAUCAUGUCAUGCAGAACCCUGAAGUGGAUAUAUCUUGCUGCUGCUGUGUGAUAUUGAAACCUAAUAAUUUCAGCAGUUUCAAUGGCUCAGCAGUGACUGCCUUCAAAACUUCUCUUAGGAGAGACUUUAUGCCUCCUACUAAGUUGUAGUUCUGUUGUUUCAUUGUAAAAUUUUGUGUUUCCCACUCUGCCUGUGCUUUCAGCAAUGUUAGCAUUUUGCUUUUCCACGUUGUGCAGUAGUUCUCUCAAGUGAAGUUUCCUUUUUUUUUUUGGUAUGGGUGAAGCUGGAAUCUUGAAAUAUUUUUUCUACUUUUGUAGCAAAACCUCAUUAAUUUGUCCUAAAGUUUAAGGUAAUAGGUUAAGGUAAAGGGUUUGCUGAAGCAAAUUAAUAAUAGAUACAGAAGGCUGGCUGACACUGAAACAGCCUUGAAGCUGUCUUAGAAAGCGCCCAUGUCUCAGUGGGCCUGCGGAUUACCAAUCACCCCAUUCAGUCCUAUCCAUGAGGGUCUCCAAGAGGUUUUUUUCAGAUGAAUUCUGCAUGCUUAUCCUUUAUAUAUAUUUGUAUUUCAUAGAAGCUUUAAAUAUUUUUCUUACAAAUGUAUAUAUUUUGUCUAACAGAUUUUCCUCGUCACCAGUGGAUUAGUUAGUGAGGUUUACUGCAGUUUAUUUUUUUCAUGGUGCACCUCACCAUGUAGUUUGCUGUUUCCGUUUUGGGUUCUGAAUUUUUGAUUUCAUUCAUAACCUCUUUUGAAUCUAACAAGCCCUGUUCUGUUUUGUGAAGGCCCAAAGAUACUUAAAGAACUUUGUUCAUUUAACAGUUAUAUAAAACCAAGUUUGAGUAAAUGCUUUUAAGUUUAUCUUACCUUAGAAAAACAGAACAGAAAAUUUAAAUCAGAUUGUCUGCUUAUAUUUGAAAGCGCUGGAUUAUCUUGUAAGUUUCCAUUUUAUGAGUUCAGGGCCAAGGAUUAAAUAGUUCCCUAAACAAUAAUAUUCUCAUUUCCGUGUCUUAAACUAUUAUGCUGUAAACAUGCGAAUUUUAGUUUUGUGCUUGUUUUUUGUGUUACCUGCAGGUCAUAUUUCUCUUUAUUGAAUUUCAUAUUUGAGAGAUUAUUGUCUUCAUUUUGACUAUGCUUUACCUUUGGUUAAAAAUGUCACACCAUAUUCAUUUUGGGAUAAACUUCUAAAAUGCCCUUGUCCCCACACUCCUUAAGCCGCUCUGUCAAAGACUGUCGAAGGGAAGAGAGUGUAGACCCUUGCUUUCUCAAAUAUGGGUCACAGAGCACAGCAGGCCUGUUUCUUGGGUGACCCUUAGAAACUUCAUUUAGAAACUCCAUUAUUUCUCCCUGACAUAAAUAAUGUGAAAUUCUUUUUUCACUGCAUAGGAAUUGCCAUUUGGCUUAUAACUUGGCUAUUUUCUCCACAUACUAGUUUUCCCUGGAUGAGCUCUAGGAGCUCUGUGAGGCAGGUUUUGUCUGUUUUGUGUUGUAUCACCAUUGCCUACAUCAAUGUCUGGUGUAUACAGUCGGCGCUUAAUAAAAAUGUGUUCACUGAGUGGA